UGUGUUGAAGAAAGCGGUACUCACAUCAUGAAGUAUAUAGUGAUAUUAUAUAUUUUGUGUAGCAUUAGAUGUUUUAAGGGAAGUAUUGUUGAUAAAUUUUCCAAACAUCUUGGAUCAACCCUAACUGAGGAAUUCAACAACUAUGUGGACCAAACUUUGGAUAUCUUGAAUAAUAAACAACUGAACUCAACAUUUUCCACUCUACCCAACCACAUCAUUAAAGGCACUUGGGGCUAUUUGCUUUUAGAUGUGGACUACACGAUUCAUCUGUCUAAUGGGUCUGUGACUGGUGUAGAAAGAUUGCAGAGGCUAGGAAACGCUUCCAUUAUCUACAACAAACAGGCCAAGAGUCUUCAACUCUCAGCAACUAUUCUUUUUCAGCAGAUUCAGGCAAGCUAUGCUGUGGAGGCGAAGGUCUAUGGAUAUAGUCACUACGGAACUGUCAGUUGCCAGGUAACUGGCUUGACUGCCAGUAUAGCAGUAAGUAUUAGUGACAUCAACCUGCAAGUCACCCUGGACAACUUCUCUGUCAGUGAUACACAAGGUGUGACAUCAACAUUCCAGGGCUCCAGCCCAGUGGUAUCAUAUUUUGCUCCUGCCAUCACUGCUCUCCCCACUCUCUCUUUUGAGCACGUUGAGACUACGGCUCGGUUAGCCAUCCAGUCCACGAUUGACACACUCAACAAUCCCAAUUUUGGCUAUUAUUAGAUAAAUACACAAAAAUAUUUGUACUAUUGGUUUAUAACCAUAGUCAAUACUUCAAAUGAAACAGCAAAUAUUGAAAAAAAUAUUUCACACGUUGGUUGGCCUAAUUUUUUCAUGUCACUAAUCAAAGCAUGAAAAUUAUCUAUAUAUCCCUUUUCUAAACAACCCAAUGUUAUAAAAUGGAGCAACAUGUGUCAUAUUUCCAAAUUUAUACUCUACAAGAACACUCUACGUCUUAUAAUUUGAAGGUUACAUUCCUGAUGCAUUUCAUAAAAAUGUUUAACAUUACGAAAUCCUAGCAUUUAGUCAUAACUAUUUUCAAUGUAAAAAUUUGUACACUAAUCAGGUCAUGGCAAGGUUUCAAGAAAGUGAACUAAUAGUGUGUAUAUGAGAUUCAGAUCAGAUCAGGUUUUCAGCAAACCAAAUAAAUGUGAGGUUUAUUAUGCUGUAGAAAUAUUGGAUUUUCUUGUCCUGUUCUAGGUGGUUUAAUAUUCUUUUCUUGGCUCAAGUUGUGUAAUGUAAACUUACUAAAAGAAUACUGGACUUGAGAAAUAGUUUUUAAGGUAGUUAUUUACUCUUCACAUCCAAUGAAGGAUAGUCAACAAAUUUAAAAUAAUGUAUCUUGGGUUAUGCUUGCGUUAAAUUUUUUUGCCUAACUCCUUGUAGACCAUCCUCCAUUGGAUAUGAAGAGCCAAUAACUACCUUAAAAACUACUUACUAAGUCCAAUAUUCAUUUAAUAAGUUUAGUUUUCACAACUUUAGCCAAGACAAGAAAAUUAAACCACAUAGAACAGGACCUACAUUGUAAAUAUUUCAAACCCCUUACAGGCCAUCCCUCUGACAUGACAAAAUAUGGUAGUUACUUCAAAAAGUAAGAUUUAUAGGUGCAGUAAUGAUGUACCAAGUUUUAUUACUUUACCUUUAAUCGUUCGGGGAUUAUUAAGCCUUUUUCUACACCCUGCAUAUAUUUACAUUUACACAGGGUUUUACUAAUAUUGUACAAUUUACAUUAUUUUACGAAGUGAACUAAUAAAAAUCAUUUAUGAAAGUGAAAAAACAGUUAUUUAAAAUCAAUACAAAGUGUAUGA